AUGUCUCUUCAGGUUCUUGUCUUGUUCGCUGUGGUGGCAGUUGCCCUUGGGAGCACAGUCCCAUCAUACAAUACUCCUGCGCCUUCCUAUAGUGCCCCCGCCCCGAGCUACAGAGCGCCUUCCCCAUCCUACAAUGCACCUGCUCCUUCUGGAGCUUACUAUGUUCUCCUUCCCGACGGCCGUGGUGCAGAAGUUGCCUACACCGUGAACGGCGACUCCUGGUACGUGGCUGAAGUUACCUACGAGGGAGAGGCCCAAUACCCUGCUCACCAGCCUGCCCGUCUGCUCCUACCAGCGGCCCCCGCCCCUUCUACGGACCAGCCCCUACUCCCUCCUACCAAACCACUCCUAGCUAUGCAUAAAUCGGCUCAUUGA